AUGUCGGCAGAACAGAUUGUUCUCAAUCAUGACUAUCCGGGUUAUCCAGUCACCGGCUUCUCAAUGGAGCAAUGCGAUCCCAUAGAGUCCAAAUGCGAGGAACUCAGAGCACUGCUCAAGCAAUCGGGGCCCCUUGUGACGGAUUCAUUGUUGGCGACCUAUAUCACUAGAGAGAAUCUCAUCCAUUGCACCCAAUUGUUUGGACGGCACUAUCUUCGACAUUUCCCGAUCCUGCAUGUGCCUUCUUUCAGUCUCAUCAAAACACCACCAAUACUGCUCCUUGCCGUGUUGUUAGUUGGAGCAUGUUAUUCAGAAUCUCUUAAUAAUGCUACGCAUAUCUGCAGACUCGCCAUGCAGCUUCUUAUGCUGGUGGCCCACGAACCUGUCGGUGCUUGUCGGACGCCUUUCCAGCCCAAUGCUAACGAAGUGCAGCAUGAAGCGACCAUGGGCAUCCCUGACCUACCGGCCAUUUUGGCAAGUACAACAGCUUGUUCUGUGCUCGCUGGCUGCCGUAACAAGACAGCUUCCAGGUUCGUCUCUCUCUACGGUGCAAGAAUAGUUUCGAUGGCCAAGCGAGCCAAUCUGUUCAAACCAACGGAUCCUCCGGAUUAUCAUAGUUAUACGGAAGAAACUUUCGACUGGAGGUUGUGGGUUGAAGAGGAGACCCGAAGAAGAGCAGCGUGCAAAAUAUUCUGUCAGGAUGUGGCUGCUUGUAUCUUCCAGCGGACCAUGCCUAUUCUUUCACCGCGAGAAAUCGACGUUGAACUGCCUUGCUACGAGGUUUGUUGGGAAGCGACAUCCUCGGCUGAAUGUCUCCGGUUGUUGCAGACGUUACCGUCACAAUUGCGACUGUCCACUGCGCUGCAGAACUUGAGAAGCCAUCCUGCUCCAGACGAACCGCUUUUCGUAGCAUCCGCUUUUGGAAUGUUCGUCCUUAUCAAGGGACUACACUCCCUUUUAUACCAUGUUGGGAGGUUUUCCGACGAGUUUGAGUUGGGCAAAAGGAAUGGCAACGUGCCGGAAGACUCGAACAGGGUCAUUUCUCGUCUACAGACUGACUUCUCUGCCAUAUCGAUCGAGGACCUCGCUCAAAGGGCGAUCAGGUCACACGGGAAUGCCUCCCUCAGAAGUGUCAACGACGCUCUUGACGCCUGGCGCGCCGUCCUCGAUCAUCGGAGCUUUCGCGAUUGGGGCACCGAGGACAGGACCUUUGCGAGUGAUCCGAUGUUAUUCUGGUGGCUCGCGAAACUGCUCAUCGUCCUGCACCAUCACGGCGACCGAAGCUCGACGACCACUUCUGAAUUCAGCAUGCCGCCCUCUAGCGGCGCGGAAGAGGAGACCAAACCCCUCUUUCAAAAGAGAGUCACCAAAUGGUUAUCCGUCCUUCGCGAGCGACGACAACAGACCACUGGAAGUUUUCAGGAAGAAUAUGUCCCCGCGAUGAUUAAGUUGGCAUGGAGCCAACCGUUUGGCCCAAGACAUGAAUAG